AUGGCUAACUUUAAAUUAGCAUUAAUAGUUUUAGUAGUAAGUGUUAGUGUAAUUGCACAGGACAAUGUUAGUGAAACAGAAAGAACUGCUAAUGAAGAAGUCAUUGAAGAGGCCCCAACGGGUGACGUAGAAGAUAAAUCAGAAAGCCCAGUAGAUGAUGCAGUGGAGAUAGUAGCGGAAUCUUUACAAGAAAAAAGCGGCAAAUAUCAAGUAUUAGAAGAUGAGUUGAUUGGAGAUGUACCUAAUAAUUUGGAGGCUGUUGAUUUGAGUGAUAUUCAGAUUGAGAGGCAGAUGCUAAUACCCUCAACAACCUCUCAAACUAAUACUGAGUAUGCUCACAUUGAUGGCAGAGUGCUUCCCUCAACAAGUUACCAGAACAAUGGUCAGCCCUACGUCAUCACGCCUCAGCGGCUGCAGCAAAUACGUAGUAACUUCAUGUACUGGUUCUACGACCAGGGGGGCAACGAGAACAUUGGAGAUUACCAACGCGACAUUCACACGUCUACGCCGCAAAUUCACAAGAACUUCAACUUCCAACUUCCCUUCUUUGGCUUCAGAUUUAAUUAUACAAGGUUAUCCAUGAACGGUUACAUCUACUUCAGUGACCCGCCAGACCACUACACCUAUCCACUCUCCUUCCCAGUAAGAGAUUGGCCUACCGUCAACGACCCCUCGUUCAUUGGUAUCUUCUUCAGCAAAUGCCGUAUUGGAAGUCAGCGACCAGAGGACCCUGAUCAGCGGAGACCUGGGGUUUACUUCAGAAUGGAUAGAGAUUUACAGACAAGGACUGAUCAACUUGGAAUAGAAAUGCGAGAACGAGUGACCUGGGACAUCCGCGAAGGUGUCAUUGGUUCUGAGACAUUUUUCCCGAAACACGCAAUCACUAUCACUUGGAAAAACAUGUCCUUCGCUGGGGGAAUAGAUAACUCUCUCUUUAUGACAAACACUUUCCAAAUGAUCUUAGCGACUGAUGAAGUUUUUACAUAUGCUAUAUUUAACUAUCUUGAAAUUAACUGGAGCUCUCACACUGAAGCUGGUGGUGAUACUACCACUGGAGAAGGUGGUGUACCGGCAUACAUUGGUUUCAACGCUGGUAACGGUACACGUAGUUAUGAAUACAAGCCCUAUUCUCAGGCAUCAGUGCUUAGAGAUCUGACAGGAAGAGGAUGGGCGAAUGGCUUUCCAGGUCGACAUAUAUUUAGGAUCGACGAAAACAUAUUAAUGGGAACUUGUAAUAAGGAUAUCGAUGGUGCUAAUCUGCCUUUAAUGUUUGCCCCGGAGUCCGGUAACAUGCUGGGCGGUACAAUCGUCAACAUAACAGGCCCUUGUUUCAAUCCAAACGAUCAAAUCACUUGCAGAUUCGACACAGAAUCCGUUCGCGGUGCUGUGGUCGAUGUGAAUAGAGCGAUUUGUGUUCAGCCAAUGUUUUACCACAAUGGUUAUGCAAGAUUCGAAAUAUCGAUAAACAACGAACCCUUCAAAUGGAAAGGAAAGUUCUUCGUUGAAACACCUGCAACAGCUCAAGAGAAAAUCUUCUUCACGGACAAUGCCGUGCACGAGAGGUAUCCUCCAGAAAUCCGCAUAACCUGGGAUCGAUUUAACUUAACAACCAAUCUGAACGUUCAGCUGCAAAUAGGGUUGUGGGGAUAUAAGGAAGUCACUAUCAGACCUCAAUUGGAAUUCAUAGACAUGAUAGAAGUAGGGGUGGCUAAUACAGGAGAAUACGUAAUCAACCCCCAAAACUUCAGGAAUAGAGAUAAUCUUAUUCACAAUGAUAUGCAGUUUGGAUUCUUACAAAUCAAUUUGACGACUCCGGAACUUUAUAAAGGAGUUUCUAUUUCACCAGUACUAUGGAGUAGACCAAUACCACUCGGUUGGUACUUUGCUCCCAAUGGGAAAGGCUGUACGGUCAACGAUGGGCGAACUCUUUAUGUAAUAACUGGCUGA